CAGAGGUCCUGCAUUUCGUAGGAAUGCCAGAGCUCUUCGGGGAAAACCUCUCUCUCUGGACACCCUCCCCAGCCAGCCCCUGAUGCCACAGGGAGGAGAGACGAACCUGUGCCGAGGGAGGAAGGAGGGUGCCCGAGCGCUCUUUGGCUACUGCUACCAGGACAGCGACGACAUCCCGGACACACUGACCACCAUCACGGAGCUGGGAGCCCCUGUGGAAAUGAUCCAGCUGCUGCAGACUUCCUGGGAGGAUCGAUUCCGAAUCUGCCUCAGCCUGGGCCGCCUCCUCCACCACCUGGCCCACUCCCCGCUGGGCUCGGUCACUCUGCUGGACUUCCGCCCUCGGCAGUUUGUGCUCGUGGAUGGGGAGCUGAAGGUGACGGACCUGGAUGAUGCACGAGUGGAGGAGACGCCAUGUACAAGCCACGCUGACUGUGUACUUGAAUUUCCAGCGAGGAACUUCACCCUGCCCUGUUCUGCCCAGGGCUGGUGUGAGGGCAUGAAUGAGAAGCGGAACCUCUACAAUGCCUACAGGUUUUUCUUCACAUACCUCCUGCCCCACAGUGCCCCGCCCUCACUCCGGCCUCUGCUGGACAGUAUCGUCAAUGCCUCAGGAGAGCUCACCUGGGGUGUAGAUGAGACCCUGGCCCAGCUGGAGAUGGUGCUGCACCUGUACCGGAGCGGGCAGUAUCUGCAGAACUCUACAGCAAGCAGCAGUGCCGAGUACCAGCGCAUCCCAGACAGCACCAUCCCACAGGAAGACUACCGAUGCUGGCCCUCCUACCACCACGGCAGCUGCCUCCUGUCUGUGUUCAACCUGGCUGAGGCUGUGGACGUCUGUGAGAGCCAUACCCAGUGCAUUGCCUUUGUGGUCACCAACCAGACCACUUGGACAGGUCGGAAGCUGGUCUUUUUCAAGACUGGAUGGAGCCAGGUGGUCCCUGAUCCCAACAAGACCACCUAUGUGAGGGCCCCCAGCUGACCUGUCUGAGGGCUCAGCUGAGCAGCUGACCGACCGUCCUCGCCAGCUGGGCUUGCCUGCGGCAGGAGUGAUUUACACCAGCAGCACUGCGUGUCACCUGGGAGCGCCUGCAGACAGUGCUGACUUCCCAGACAGACUGACAUGACCAGAACAAACGUGCAAUAA